AACCUCAAUUUCCGCCUCCGACGAACUGAAGUCCUCUCUUUCUCUCUCUCUCUCGCCUGAAUCUCGGACCGGCAGAGCUCGACGUCACCGGAGAAAAUGGUGACUCCGGAGAGCCAACAGCCGGAGAAGGCAACGCCUUUGAGGCACGCCUUCGGGAACGUUUUGUCAUUCGCGAUCCUCGUGCUCAUUGGGGUCCUUGCUUUCUCGAUCCGGCUAUUCUCUGUAAUUAAGUAUGAAAGUGUGAUUCAUGAGUUUGAUCCGUACUUCAACUAUAGAGUCACUCAGUUUUUAUCCAAGAAUGGGAUUUACGAGUUCUGGAAUUGGUUUGAUGAUCGAACCUGGUAUCCCCUUGGCCGUGUGAUUGGAGGAACUGUUUACCCUGGAUUGACUUUGACAGCUGGAACCAUGUGGUGGGCCUUGAAUUCCUUAAACAUUCCUCUCUCAGUGGAGACUGUUUGUGUCUUCACAGCACCUAUAUUUUCGGCCUUCGCUUCUUGGGCAACCUACCUUUUGACCAAGGAGGUUAAGGGUCCUGGUGCAGGAUUGACAGCAGCUGUUCUUUUGGCCAUGGUUCCCUCAUAUAUAUCCAGAUCUGUAGCUGGAAGCUAUGACAAUGAAGCUGUUGCUAUAUUUGCUUUGAUCUUUACUUUUUAUCUUUAUAUAAAGACACUAAAUACAGGAUCCCUGUUUUACGCCACGUUGAAUGCCUUGGCAUACUUUUACAUGGUAUGUUCUUGGGGAGGCUACACUUUCAUUAUCAAUCUGAUACCAAUGCAUGUGCUUCUGUGCAUUGUGACGGGCCGUUACUCUUCUAGACUGUACAUUGCCUAUGCUCCUUUGGUUGUGCUGGGGACAUUGUUAGCUGCAUUGGUACCUGUCGUGGGAUUCAAUGCAGUCAUGACAUCUGAACAUUUUGCCUCAUUUUUGGUUUUCAUCGUCAUCCAUGUUGUAGCUCUUGUAUACUAUAUCAAAGGCAUCCUUUCUCCCAAAAUGUUCAAAGUUGCUGUGACACUUGUUGUGACUGUUGGCCUGGUCAUAUGUUUCAUAGUUAUGGCAGUUCUUAUAGCGCUGGUGGCGUCAAGUCCAACAAUGGGAUGGAGCGGUAGGAGUUUGAGUCUCCUUGAUCCAACUUAUGCAAGCAAAUAUAUACCAAUUAUUGCAAGUGUCAGUGAACAUCAACCUCCUACCUGGCCAUCCUAUUUUAUGGAUAUCAAUGUGUUGGCAUUCUUGGUCCCUGCUGGAAUUGUUGCUUGUUUUUCGCCUCUCUCAGAUGCCAGUUCUUUUGCAGUCCUCUAUAUUGUUACGUCUGUCUAUUUCUCUGGAGUUAUGGUUCGCCUUAUGCUUGUUCUUGCUCCAGCUGCAUGCAUCAUGUCUGGCAUUGCUCUCUCUCAAGCGUUUGAUGUUUUCACGGGAUCUAUCAAAUUCCAGUUAAUUGGAAAAACUUCCAGUUCCACCGAGGAUGCAGGGGACAACUCUCCUACGAACAAUGCACCAAAAGAUGAUGUUCCUGCUUCUAAGAUUGACAAAAGUGAAGAAACAGCAAAAGAGCGGCCCUCGAAGAAAGGCAAGAAGAAAGAGAAAGAGCCCAAUGAAAAACAUUUUGUUAAGCCCAAGCCUGUAAAGAAGCCUCUUACUUUACCCCUUGAAGCAUCUGUAGUUGCUCUUCUUCUCCUUAUAAUGCUGGGUGCUUUCUAUGUGGUUCAUUGUGUUUGGGCAGCCGCAGAAGCAUAUUCAGCUCCAUCAAUAGUUUUGACAUCUCGUACCCGUGAUGGCAUGCACGUCUUUGAUGACUUCAGAGAGGCUUAUGCAUGGUUGAGCCAUAACACUGAUGUGGACGACAAGGUGGCAUCAUGGUGGGACUAUGGUUACCAGACAACAGCAAUGGCUAAUCGAACUGUUAUUGUUGACAACAACACAUGGAACAAUACUCACAUUGCAACUGUUGGUACUGCCAUGUCAUCUCCGGAAAAGGCAGCUUGGGAAAUUUUCAACUCCUUGGACGUGAAUUAUGUUCUUGUCGUCUUUGGAGGUCUUAUCGGUUACUCAAGUGAUGAUAUAAAUAAGUUUCUGUGGAUGGUUCGUAUUGGAGGCGGUGUCUUCCCUCAUAUACGAGAAUCUGAUUACCUGAGAGAUGGCAAUUACCGGAUUGAUUCUGAGGCCACUCCAACAAUGUUGAACUGUCUCAUGUACAAGCUCUCGUACUACCGGUUUGUAGAGACAGAUGGAAAGGGUUUCGAUCGAGUUAGGCAAACAGAAAUCGGGAAGAAGCAUUUCAAGCUCACACAUUUUGAAGAGGCUUUCACAAGUCACCAUUGGAUGGUUAGGAUAUACAAGCUGAAACCCCCAAAGAACAGGAUUCGUGGGAAGACAAAGAAGUCGAAAUCGAAGAAAAGCUCGGGAACGAGCUCAAAGAGAUCAACGAAGAAGAACCCGUGGAGCUAAGUAAAAAACCCAGAGCUCUCAAAGUAGGAUAAUGGUUGUGAUGGUGAUGAUGUAGGUGAGUUAUGUAACUCUUAUACAGACAUCUCUGCUUAUCUAUGCAGUAGCAGAGAUUUCGUAGGCAAGACAAGACAUUCGGGUCCUCUUCUUGCCCUGGGAUUUCACGGAAAUUUAUCCUACUUUUUCUCCCCGUAUUUAAUCGAUUUUGAAUUUUUGUUGGAUGAAAUCUUAGCAUAUUGAAUGA